AUGGAGCUCGACCCUCUUGUGCAUCGGCUGCUCAGCGCCAACAUCACCGGGACCUUUGCGGUGCUCCAGCAGUUGGAUGCACUGUUGGAGAAGCACCCCCCCUACAACGCCACCAAUCCCCAGGUGGUCGAGCAGGUGGACGCCCCAGGGACCCGGCCCACCCGGGUGCCGCCCCACCGGCGCGAACCGCGCGCCACCCUUGACCCCCAGUUAAAUACCUUCUGUGGGCGUGCCUACAUGGAAAGCUUCGAGAUGGUGAAGGUGCUGACCCUGCGCGGGGCCGCCUGCAGCCGGGACAUUUUGCCCUUCCUGGCGGACCUUGCCAUUUGCGGAACACUCAAUGGCAUGGUGACCGGCGGCAUGCCGGUGGCUCGCCACCAGAGCUUCGGCCACUGUGCCAAGUACCUGGAGGAUUACCAAAAGCAUUGCAUCAAGGUGGCCCCGCAUUCGCAUGUGGCCACGACCAAUUUGGAGGACGAGGAGCUCUACUGCCCGGUGAAUUACCUCUUCCCGGAAAAGCACACCGAGAUGCACCCGCCCGAGGGAUGCGACGAUCAGAACCUCCUCCGGCACUACAACCUGGUGCGCAGCCAGUGCGAGUUCCAGGACAAUGACUUUGAUUUCCACCUGGCCUCGCCGGUGUUUUGCAACUCGCGCGUGUGCUCCUCCUCCAUCAAGAAGAUCAUGCAGUGCCAGAGCGCCCGGAGCAACAGCUAUGCCGAGAUUUGCAAGCUGCUGGACCUCUUCCCGACGCCGGAUCUCAUCUGCCCUCGGGCCACCGUGGGGAAUGCCAUCUUUCGUGGGGCCCGCUGCUCGCAGAUCUGGCGCAAUGAGUCGCUCACGUUGAAUCGCUUUACGUACAGCUACCACGACUCGCUGUUCCCGAACAGCGGGCCUGCCUCCAUGCGGUCGGUGCUUGCCCUUCGGCUGAUGGCGCUCUCUGUGGUGAUGAUGCUGCUUCUGUGA